GGACAGGGGCAUAAGAUAGUGACCCUUCCUCUGCUCUGUUCCCCUGAUAUCAUUUUAGAACCGGGAGUGGGAACCGCAGACAUGGUGAAGAUUGAGUUUGCACCCUUGAAUAUCCCGCUCAACCGACGUUUCCAGACAGCUGCAGUUCUUCAAUGGGUCUUCUGCUUUCUCUUUGGAGCGCAGUGUUGUUUUUGUGUGUACGUUGUGAUCGUGUUGAAUGGAUACUGGCACGUGGCUGCUCUGUAUGCCCUGUGGCUCUACCUGGACUGGGACACACCUCAGGCUGGGGGCCGCAGGUCUGACUGGGUACGCCACUGGACCGUGUGGAAACACUUCGGAGACUAUUUCCCCAUCCAUCUGAUUAAGACAUGUGACCUAGACCCAGAGAGGAACUACCUGAUGGGUUUCCAUCCUCACGGAAUCCUGGUCGCCGGAGCAUUUGGGAAUUUCUGUACUGAAUACACAGGCUUCCGGGAGCUCUAUCCAGGAAUGACUCCUUACCUGCAUACCCUCGGCAUCUGGUUCAGCUUCCCAUUCUUCCGGGAGUAUCUCAUGUCCUCAGGGGUUGUCUCUUGUUCCAAGAAGAGUCUUACCCACGUGUUGAGCCAGAAGGGAGGGGGAAACGUGUCAAUCAUAGUGAUUGGUGGGGCGGCAGAGUCCCUGGAGGCCAGGCCUGGGAGCCUCGUCCUGGAGGCCCUCAACAGGAAGGGCUUCGUCAAGAUUGCUCUCAGGUGUGGAGCUCAUCUGGUGCCAGUGUUCUCCUUUGGGGAGAAUGAUCUGUUUAAUCAGCUGAAGAACCCAAAGGGCUCCCUGGUCCGAACCAUCCAGGAGGGCAUGAGGAAGACCCUGGGCUUCAGUUUGCCUCUGUUUCACGCCCGGGGGGUUUUCCAGUACAGCUUGGGCUUCAUGCCCUUCAGACAACCCAUUUACACCAUCGUGGGAGAGCCCAUAGUGGUGGAAAGGAACGUGAGCCCCUCGUCUGAUGAGGUGGACAGGCUGCAUGGCUGUUACCUGGGGGCGCUGGCUAAGCUGUUUGAGCAGCACAAGGCUGAAUACGGGAUCCUAGAGAACCAGCACCUCAUCUUCACCUGAUCAGACCAGAUAAGCUCAGAUAGCACCGCACUGUAGG